CGCCUCCGGUGCUCAUGAAAUAAUUCAAUGUCUUCGAGAGAGUCCCAGUACAUAAUCGAGGACAGUGGGAGAACUCACGAUUCUACAGCAUCGUUGAGCUUGUAGCCAGUGCUCUUCAAGUACUUCUGAGCGACCUUGUCCGUCGUGCCGGUGAUGCUGAUAAAAUUGGCGACGGCAGCCUUCUGCGAGCUACUAAGAGGCGGCAUGGUGUUCGCUUUCUCUUUUGUCUGUCUAGUUGCGAGCGAGCGAGCGGCGCACGUCUAUGCAGUCGUGCGCGUGGUCUAUACGGGGGUUCGUGACAAGAUCGUGAUUGUGAUAGCUGGUGGUGGCUAUUGCUGCCGUCUGCACGUGUGCGUGUGCUCUCCGUCUUCUUGCUCGAGAAGAUUGCCGGGAGCAAAUCCACCACGUCCGAAAGAAACAGGUCGAGGUGGUGAAAAUGGUGCUUCAAAGAGGCCGAGAGUCGGGUUGGAGCUUAUCCGUGUCCUGGAAGCAGAUCCGCGGUUGCUGGCUUGCUGGCUGGCUGGCGUGGUGCCUGUCUCGAGGGCACACUGUCGAAAACUGCUUCCUUGUCCUGCAGCGGAGCUUGUCUAGCUGUGUCGCAGGACCAGAGAGGUCCAAAAGGCAGGCGAGAGCAGCGCUUGAGUCGCAAUCAGGCCACUUGACACGAAGGGGCAAGGCAGAGUCGCUGGGCAGCGUGGUGUCGUGCGUGGGGGAGCUU